GGCUAUUUCCAGAGUCGCAGCCAUGACGACGGAGCAGGCACCGGUCGCGCCGACGCCGUCGGCGUCCGUGCUCGACCCGACGCACUGGCGCAUCGUCCACCUCAACAACCCGUCGGCCAACGCGGGCUUCCCGAACAAUGCGGUCGCGACGAGCAAGUACACGUUCUAUAGCUUCGUGCCCGUCUUCCUCUACGAGCGCUUCACGCGGGUGGCCAACUUUUACUUUCUUCUCGUUGGCGUCGGCCAGCUCCUGCCCUCGAUCUCGUCGACGCUCGGGUUGCCCUACCAAUGGAUGGUGCUCUCGAUCGUGCUCUUUGUCGAUGGCGUGUUCACAGGCCUCGAAGACGUCGCGCGCCACCGCGCCGACGCCGUCAUGAACGCGCGGACGACGCUCGUGUACGACCGAGCCAGUGCCAACGCGUCCGACCCGUUCGUGCAGCGGGCGUGGAAGGACGUAGCGGUCGGCGACAUUCUUCAAAUCAAAAAGUACGAGGCCGUGCCCGCCGACGUCCUCCUCCUUGCCGUGCACGAGGCCAACCCGUCGUCGCCCAUUGGCAUGUGCUUUGUCGAGACCAAGUCGCUCGACGGCGAGACGAACCUCAAGAUCCGCCAAGCGCUUGCGUGCACGUACGCGCAGCUCUCGGACCCAAGCGCGCUCGGUCGUCUGCCCGGUCGCGUCUUUAGCGAGCUGCCCAACCACGACAUCAACAGCUUCAAUGGACGGUACGAGCCGGACGAAGGCAGCGACACGCUCUUCCCGCUCGACCUCAAGAACGUCGCGCUGCGCGGCUGCGUCAUUCGCAACACGCCGUUUGUGUAUGGCCUCGUCCUCAACACCGGGACCGACACCAAGGUCAUGCAGUCGUCCAACAAGACGCCGACCAAGACGAGCAAAGCGCUCGAGAUCAUCAACCGUGGCAUCUUCAUCCUGAUGGCGAUUCUCAUUGCGCUCUGCUUCGUCGGCACGAUCUUGGAUCUGACGUGGAUGCAUGCAAAUGCGCCAUGGUACCUCUACUUUGGCGUCGGCGACUCGCUCAACGCGUAUACGAUUUCAUUUUCGGGCGGCGUCGUCAUGUUUGGCUACUACUGGAUCCUCAUUGCGUCGUUCGUCCCCAUCACGCUCUACGUGUCGAUCGCGAUCGUCAAGAGCUACCAAACCAUCUUUAUGAACCGCGACCUCGGCAUGUACCAUGCCCCGUCCGACACGCCAGCGAUGGUCCGCAACGCCGACCUCAACGACGAGCUUGGGCAAGUGACGCACAUCUUCAGCGACAAGACGGGCACGCUCACCGCCAAUGAAAUGAAUUUUCGCAAGCUCUCGGUCGCCGGGCGGUCGUACGGCCGCGGCUCGACCGACAUUGGCCGCGCCGCCCAGACACGCGCGGGGCGCGUCGCGUCUGUCACGGACCUCGAAGCCGAGCCGCUGCAUGGACGCACGAUCCCCAACGUGCAGUUUCUCGACCCAAAGAACGAGCUCGCAAAAGACUGGCUCAUUCCGCACCAAGCAGCGAAUUUGGCGAAGUUCCUGACGCACCUCGCGGUGUGCCACUCGGUCGUUGUCGAGACGGACGAUGCGACAGGCGCAUCGAGCUUCUCCGCGUCGUCGCCCGAUGAGCUUGCGCUUGUGGCGGGGGCCGCCUUCCUUGGGUUCACGUUUGUGGGUCGGUCGACUGGCAAAUGCACCAUGCGCCGACUCGUGCAAGGCGCCGCGUGCGACGAGGAAUUCCAAAUCCUCGAGCUCAUCGAGUUUACGUCGACGCGGAAGCGCAUGUCGGUCAUCUGCCGCACGCCCAGCAACCGCCUCUUGCUCAUGACAAAGGGGGCCGACAUGAUCAUCUACCCGCGGCUCGCAAGCGACGUGCCAGAAGCGCUCAAGCGCCAGACGAUGGCCCACAUGGAGCAGUACGCCGCCGACGGACUGCGCACGCUCGUGAUUGCGCAGCGCACGCUCGACGAAGACUGGUACACGACGUGGGCGGCCGACUACAAGCACGCGCUCACGACGCUCGAUGACACCUCGCCGACGUACACGGAGGACCUGGCGCGGAUCGAAGCUCUCGAAGAGGCGAUGGAGACGGACCUUGAGCUCCUUGGCGCGACGGCCGUCGAAGACCGGCUCCAGAACGGCGUGCCCGAGACCAUUGCAUGUCUCUUGAGCGCUGGCAUCAAAGUCUGGGUUUUGACCGGCGACAAGGAAGAGACGGCCAUCAACAUUGCGUACGCGUGUCGGCUCUUGACCGACGACAUGGACCGUGUGGUCCUCAACAGCGAUGCGUGCGGCCCAAACGAGGACAUGGCGAGUUACCUCCAGCGGGUGCUGACAGAGCGCGUCAAGGUCGUCCGGGCGUACGAAGCGGCGCGCGGCACCUCGAAUUCGUUCCAGAACGUCCAGGCGCAAGCGAUCGUGAUUGACGGCCAAGUGCUCAAGGUUAUCUUGAUGUACCCGCAGCUCAAGUUUCUCUUUCUCGAGAUUGCGCAGUGUUGCAAGGCUGUGAUUUGCUGCCGCGUCUCGCCCAAGCAAAAGGCCGAGGUCGUCGCGCUCGUGAAGAAGAACAUUGCCGACUGCCGGACGCUCUCGAUCGGCGACGGCGCCAACGACGUGAGCAUGAUCCAAGAAGCGCACAUUGGCAUUGGUAUCUCGGGCCACGAAGGGCUCCAGGCUGUGAACGCGAGCGACUUUGCGAUCGCGCAAUUCGAGUACCUUCGCCGGCUCCUCCUCGUCCACGGCCACUGGAACUACCACCGCAUGUGCAAGCUCGUGCUCUACGUCGUCUACAAGAACAUCAUUUGCUACUUCAGCGUCUACGUCUUUGCCGUGUACGCGGGCGGCUCGGGCACCCUGUACGUCAACAACUACUGGCUCAACGGCUACAACAUCUUUUGGACGUUCCUCCCGAUCAUGAUUGUCGCCGUCAUGGAGCAAGAGACGUCGGCGUCCAUGGCGUUUCACAACCCGGGGCUCUACCACAUUGGAGCGCACGGCGAGAUGCUUAGCUUGCGCAUCUUUACGGCCUGGAUCUUUGAAGGACUGUACGAAGCGGCUGUGUGCACGCUCGUGCCACUCUAUUUGCUCGGCAGUGUCGACUCGCAAGGCAACUCGUUCUCGCUGCUCAACUGCGGCGGUGUCUCAUUUUGUGCCGUCAUUGCCGUCGGGUGGGCAAAGCUCGGUCUCAACACGGUCUCGUGGAACCUCGGCAUGCACUUUGCCAUGUGGGUCACAUUGCCGUUCUGGGUCGUCUCGGGCUACGUCAUCUCCAACUUUAUGUCGAGUGCGAUCACGGACCACAUUUUCCCUUACAUUUGCACGCUGCCCGAGAGCUACAUGAUUGUGUUCCUCUGCGUCGUCAUGGCGCUGCUCCGGGACUUGAUUUAUAAAAGCUUCAAGCGCGAGUGGCGACCCGAGUACUACCACGUCCUCCAAGAGGCCGAGAAGCUCGACCUCGGCGACAAGAUUGCGUGGACUGGACCGGUCAUUCCCAAGCACUACAAGCCGUUCAAGGUCGACUUUCGCUGCUACCUGACGUCCGAGCUCAAGCCGCUUCGAGAUCCAACCCUCGCGAUUCAUAUUGUGAAGUCACCUCGAGGCCCAGGGCCGGCGCGGCCGGCGUAUUGCGGUUUUGCGUUUUCACAGGCGUCGCUCGAAGACCGACACGGCGGCGCGUUGCGAAGCCUCAUCUUGGCGCCCGUGCGGACUCUGCACCACGUCGAGCACGCUCUCGCCCGAGCCUUGAGUCCCCGCGCCGUCUUUGCCGCCGAAGUCCAGUUUUGGCGCGGCGUCGACAGCAUGGACGUCCCGCACUACUACCAAGUCCAGCGGUACCAAGUGUUUCUGGGCUGGAGUGCGCCAUUUACGCUCGCGGACCCGCUUCAGUAUUGCAACCGCGACAUGGCGCUUGGCGCGAGCCACCGCCCCAAGACACAGGACGCCGACUGGAUCAUUGACAAGAGUAUUGGCAUCGAAGAAGCGUGCGAAGCCGACGGCGGGCACUGGGAAUAUGCGACCAAAUUUGCCGAUUUUUGCAAAUUGGACCUCGACCGUGAGAAUUUGCGCAUCAAACACCCCGGCAAACUCAAGCGCGGGAUCAACAAGAUUAUGGGGCGCUGCGUGCGUCGACGCCGGUGGAUCAAGGCACCCGCGACGCCGGCCACCGAGGCAGCGGCCACCGAUCAAGUGCAAGUGGCGAUGCAGGACGACGACACGACAACGCCGUAGUCGCUACGAGGAUUAUUUACAUGCAUACGAGCUACCAUUUAUGAUGCUAUAUAUUUCAUUCCAACGGACA